AAUGAAUGAUAUGCUGCUCAAGUUGUAGAAACAGCGGACAGGGAGAGUGUGUGUAUGUGUGUGUGUGUUUAGCGGAAAACUGAAGCCACCGCAUUUACAGAAAACGGGAAAAAGAAAAAGUGGGCGAUUUCAGAGAAAACCUUCUAAUACAAGCCGGGAAUUACUCUCCAGCAAUGCAAUUGACUGUGUGUGAACCCACCGCCAUGUCAGAAGCCGUGGUGAUGGAGCCUCCCAGAGCAGGCGGCCUCCUGGAGUCGUCCUGCGGCACGGGAGACAGCGCGGCAUCCUUUGAUGACGUCCUUGUGGAUACAGCAAACGAGUCCUCAGAGGAAGAGUCCACAGGGGAAAGAGAAGAGGACAUUGGUGCACACAAUGAAGUCACACGCAGCACCAAGACUACAGAGGUCUCUGCUGAACAGACCUCAAACACACAGACAGUGAAAUCCCAGCGCCCAAACUCGCUGUCGGUGCAAGCUGCAGGAGAGCCCGGCCUGUGGACGUCACAGGGGGAGGCAGACGUGAAACUGAGGAUGGGGGACUCUGGCCUGGCUGCAGAGACCCCUUUAACCGUUAACCAGAUGUUCACUUCAGCUGUCGAGCGCUAUGGCAACUAUACAGCUCUGAGCUGGAAGGAGGGCGAGCAGCAGAAGAGCCUGAACUACAGUGAAUACUACCAGACCUGCCGCACCGCCGCCAAGAGCUUCCUUAAGCUCGGUCUGCAGCGCUACCAUGGCGUCGGCAUCCUGGGCUUCAACUCCAGCGAGUGGUUCAUCGCUGACAUUGGAGCCAUUCUGGCAGGUGGGUUUGCUGUGGGCAUCUACACCACCAACUCUCCCGAGGCAUGCCAGUAUGUAGCAGACAACUGCAAGGCCAAUAUCAUUGUGGUGGAGAACCAGAAACAGCUGCAGAAGAUCCUUCAGGUUGAAGACAAGCUGCCACACUUGAAAGCCAUUAUCCAGUACAAAGAUGCACUAAAAGAGAAGAGAUCAAAUCUGUAUACAUGGGCGGAGUUCAUGGAGCUCGGACGCGACGAGCCCGACGAACCCCUCGACGCAAUCAUCUCCAGCCAGAAGCCCAACCAAUGCUGCACGCUCAUCUACACCUCAGGAACCACAGGCCAGCCCAAAGGAGUCAUGCUCAGCCAUGAUAAUCUGACGUGGACCGCGCUCUCCACCAGCCGCCACGUGCAUCUGACAGACGCCACUCAGGCCCAGGAGUUGGUGGUCAGCUACCUGCCGCUCAGCCACAUCGCUGCUCAGAUGGUCGACAUCUGGGUCACCAUGAAGGUCGGAGGGGCGACCUACUUCGCUCAGCCGGACGCGCUGAAGGGCUCUCUGGUAAACACCCUGAAGGAGGUGCGUCCCACAGCCUUCAUGGGCGUCCCACGUGUCUGGGAGAAGAUGCAGGAGAAGAUGAAGUCUAUUGGAGCCAAGUCUUCGACUGUGCGCAGGAAGGUGGCUGCCUGGGCCAAAGAUGUCGGUCUGCAGACGAACCUGACCAAGAUUAAUCAAAACGCAGCAGCUGGCCGCACACCGCUCAGCUAUCGCAUAGCUAAAAAGCUUGUGUUCAAAAAGGUGCGCAAGGCCCUGGGCCUGGACCGCUGCACCAAGUGCUACACAGGCGCCGCACCCAUCACCAAAGACACCCUGGAGUUCUUCCUCAGCCUGGAUAUUCCUCUGUAUGAGCUGUACGGCAUGAGCGAGAGCACCGGACCUCACACAAUCUCCCACCCCGAAGCCUUCAAACUCACCAGUUGUGGUAAAGAGCUCCCAGGGUGCAAGACGAAGCUGCACAACCCGGACGAGGAAGGAAACGGCGAGAUCUGCUUCUGGGGCCGUCACGUCUUCAUGGGUUACCUCAACAUGCCCGACAAGACGGAUGAGGCUCUGGAUGCGGAGGGCUGGCUGCACUCAGGUGACCUGGGAAAACACGACGAGAACGGAUUCCUCUUCAUCACCGGAAGAAUUAAAGAGCUGAUCAUCACAGCGGGAGGCGAGAACAUCCCUCCUGUUCCAAUCGAGGAUGCGGUGAAAGAGGCCGUGCCACUGAUUAGCAACGCCAUGCUGAUCGGAGACAAGAGGAAGUUUCUGUCUAUGCUGUUAACCAUUAAGUGUCAGGUAAACGCAGAGUCAGCCGAUCCAGAGGAUGAACUGAUGCCAGAAGCUGUGGAGUUCUGCCGGAAGCUGGGCAGCAACGCCACACGGGUCUCUGAGAUCGCAGGCGGCCGAGAACGGGCGAUCAACGCCGCCAUCCAGGAGGGAAUCAACCGGGUCAACGAGAAGGCGACCUCCAACGCUCAGCGCAUUCAAAAGUGGAUCGUUCUGGAUCGGGACUUCUCGGUUACAGGAGGAGAGCUGGGCCCCACCAUGAAGCUGAAGCGGCCGGUGGUGAUGAAAAUGUACAAGGAGCAGAUUGAGAACUUUUAUAAGGAGCUGGCGACUCCAACGACCCCCGACAACCCUCUGCCUCCCAAAUAGAGCUGCUCCUCCAGCGGCAGACAGGGGGCGCUCUCCACCUCAUAUAUCCAACCCGCUCCCUGCCGCCGUUCCUUCUCUUGUAAAAAUGUUUUCGAUUUGCCUUAAGUUUUGGUCCUUGUGUCUCGGUUUACAUUUUGUGGGUAAGAAGAAGCCAUUGUAACAUAGCUUUAUGAUUUUGAGGAAGAAUUCAACUUAUUUAUUUGGAUGAACGGGAAUAUCGGCUAGCCGGAGCUGUCGUUUAUUGCACUGCUUUACUUGAGAUAAACAGAAGGAGAAUCCAAAAACUUUUAAAAACAAGUUUAUAAGAUGUUUUUAAAGUCAUUUGAUUUUUUUUUUUUUUUUAAAUGUUCUUCUUUUUAUUUAUUUUUCGGUUUGCCAAAGUUUGCGUGGGCCAAAAGAGCUUCAAAUGAAACAUUUCUAGUAAAAAGAGUUCAUAUGAAAUUCAGCAAAUCAUAUCCAAUGUUUACUGGCCUUUUACAUGUAACUGGUGGUUUUCUCUCGUAGUUGUCAGCCUGGUUUCAAAGAAAAUAAGUCAUUUAUUUGGACAUGUGUUGGGGGGGCAAAAAAAUGUUGCAACAGUUGCAGAGUUAUAUUGAAAUCUAUCUCAUAACUAAGCAUUCAAAUUUUGUUUUUCAUGCUGUAAAAACACGCCAUUGAAGCCAUAUCUAUUGCCUUUUUUAAAAUUGUUUUGCUUACAUCAUCUUUAAUUUGUUGUUAUUUAAUUUUAUCUCUCAGUUGAUUUUUUUUCUGCCGUUCAUUCAGAAACACAGAAAUCUCCUCUCAUGCAUAAUUUCUUGCACUCAAAACAUGUAGAAAAAAUUGUGACACGGGUGGAAAAUGUAUAUAAAGUUAGAUUAUAUUUAGGUUUAUGGCGAAUAUAUGAACUGCAUUAGAGUUUUUUUUUUUUUUUUUUUUUUUGCCACAUUUGGUGCUUCACACAUAUAAAUGU